UAAGAAUGAAUCGAAAGAGACCCGCCAUCGCCUCUUGACUUCUCUAAACAUUGAUCACGUCAACAAGACAACAACCAUUAUAAACACUUAACCACACGUUCUAACUUGUAUAUAAUACUAUCACAAUUAGGCCUAAUCACAAUCAUCUAUUAAUUCUCCAUUACCGAUAAGAAACGAAACAGAGAGAAAUAAAAAAAAAACGAAAAAAAAAUGUCUUCAUCAUCUUCCCUAACGCAGAGAAACCCAAUUAGCUCGCAGCCAAAUGGCUUACAAGAGGGAUCAGAGUCUGUUCCAAAGCUAAGGAGACUACGUUCGACAUCUCAAAAUGCCAUGUCACAGACCCUUACGUCAGCUGCAAACUUAGCUAAUCUCCUCCCCACCGGAACGCUCUUAGCUUUCACGCUCCUUAUACCCGUCUUCACAUCCAACGGCUCGUGCGACCACGCGAACCGAAUUUUAACCACAGGGCUCUUGACGCUCCUUGCCAUUUCUUGCUUCUUUAGCUCCUUCACGGACAGCGUCAAAGCUGAAGACGGUAACGUGUAUUACGGUUUUGCUACUCGUAAGGGUAUGUGGGUUUUUGACUACCCUGACCCCAACGGUUUGGGUUUGCCUGAUCUUAGUAAAUACCGUAUGCGGAUCGUUGACUGGAUCCACGCUGUUCUGUCGGUUCUUGUGUUCGGUGCGGUGGCUUUAAGGGACAAGAACGCCGUGAGUUGUUUUUAUCCGGCGCCAGAGCAAGAAACCAAGAAGGUUUUGGAUAUCAUUCCGAUGGGUGUUGGAGUUAUAUGCAGCUUGUUGUUCUUGGUUUUCCCGGCGAGAAGGCACGGUAUUGGAUAUCCGGUCACCGGAGACAGAGGUCGUCGUUAGUUUAGAUUCGUUCUUUUUUUUUUUAAUUGCCAAAUAAAAUGUAAACGAUUGAUUCUUUUUUUUUUUAUAUGGUUGACUAAUUCGUUUACGUGAUCAUCUCGUGUUAUGAUUUAUCUAUAUAUAUGUGUAUUUCUUCUUCUUAUCUACUUCUUAUUUUGAUAAUUAUUAUAAUGUUGAGUGGAAUAUAAUGAGAACUAUUAACGGAAA